UAAAAUUAUUUACUUUUUCUAGGUUUUUAUUCUCUUUAAUGUUAAUUUUUUUCUAUAUGAACCAUAAAAUGAUUGACGAAGCCCAUUGAUAUUUUUUCUUUCUUCUCGCCAAACAACAGCCACCCGUUUCUAGUUUUGACUACCCCGGGCGUCAUCGUCGUAUGUAAAGAGUCUCACCUCCAAUCUGUUUAUAAGCUUAUUUUUAUAAUUAUAAAUUGAAGCAGAUUAAAACAGCAUAUCUUAGGCAAAAAAUACGACAAAGCAUUCGUAAAUAAAUACUACAACUGAGAAAAUGUGCGGACGAACAGCGUGUGCUCUGGAUCCCGAUGCUAUCUGCAAAGGAUGUGCAUUUAAAGACAGCAAUGGAACCUUCCAAAAACCGGUUUGGAAAAAUGCUCAGAAUGGAAAAACCUUCUUCCCCUCAUAUAAUAUUUCCCCUGGACAUUACACACCAGUCAUGAUUUCCAGUCAACAUUUCCAAGACACGGCUGAAGCAGAAAUUAAAUCCAAGCGUGUAAUCCAGCCGAUGAGGUGGGGUCUUGUGCCAUCUUGGCACAAAGGCAACCCUAACAGCAUUCCUUACCAAACCAAUAACUGUAAGUCUGAAACCAUGUUGGAAAAGAAGAUGUUUAAAGUUCCUUUGGAAAAGGGCAGACGAUGUGUUGUUCUUGCUGAAGGAUACUAUGAAUGGAAGAAGAGCGGCCAAACGAAACAGCCCUACUUCAUCACACAGCAAACACAUGAUGUGAAACCCAGUAUAAAAGUGGAAGCAGAGGACGUGAAAAAGGAAGAUCUCUCCAUGAUUAAAAGUGAAGUUAAAACUGAAGUCAAGACUGAAAUCAAAACUGAAGAUGAUGCAGAGAAGGAAACGAAAGAAAGUGUUUCUGAUGAAAAACCCAGCAAGCCCCUCAUGAAGAUGGCUGGAGUCUUUGAUAUCUGUAGAUCAAAAGAUGACAAAGACCAGGACCUCUAUAGCUACACUGUAGUUACGGUGCCUGCAUCUGCUGCCACAGCAGAUAUCCACCACAGAAUGCCGGCUAUUCUCAGUACCGAGGAAGAUGUUGAACAAUGGCUGGAUUUUGGAGCCGUUCCAAUUAAAGACGCUGUGAAGUUGAUCAAGCCACAGGAGUGCAUUCAUCUCUACCCUGUGUCCACUGUCGUCAAUAACUCCCGCAACAACAGCCCUGAAUGUGUUAAGCCACUGGACAUGAAGAAACCAAAAUCUGCCCUGGAGGCUUGGUUGAAGAAGAUACCAAAGAAAGAACCAGCAAACGUCAUAAAGAAGGAACCAAAAGAAGAAGAGGAGGAGGAGGAUGAUGAUGAGAGUGAAACACCAGCAAAGAAAAUCAAACAAGAGGAAUAAAAGCAGAAGGGUGCAGAAGAGAUGGGGGGGGGGGCGAAUUUUGGUUACGAAUCUUGAAAGUUCAAGGGCAAACAAUAGAGAUGUUCAUUACGUAGUAUUAGACCCAACAUGUGGAAUUCGUUUCAAUAAUAAUAAUAAUAUUCUAUGUCAGCUGACAAAUGGGAUAUUGAAAAGAAAAAGAAGAAAAUAAAAUGAUUCUUACAGCAAACACUAGAUUGAUUUUAGAUAUUCAGUGUUAUAUAUAUAUAAAGUAUGUGGGAAUUUUUUUAGAUAUCAAACAUGUAGGUUCCUUAAAAAAAAAAAAAAAGUAUAAUAUAAUAUACUGUGUUAGAUGUGAGACAUGUGGAGGUUGUUUUUAACUAAUAUUCAAUGUUAGAUAUUGAACACUAAACAUGUAGAUUUUUUUUUUUAUUUUUGUAAAAAGAAUGUGUGCCAUCUGAGAUUUAUAAAACACGUGGGAUUAUUUCAUGAAUAUUCAAUAUUACGGUUCAAAUGUGGGAUGUAAAAGCAAUUUCACAUUUUUUUUUUUUUUUUUUUUUUACUAAUAUAUUCAAUGUUAAACGUGUGGGAGGUCAUUACCAAUAUAUUCAGUGUUACGUAUCAAACAUAGAUUUUUUUUUUUUUUUUUAAAAAAAACAUUGCAUGUCAUUUAGCAUGAAACACAUGAAGAACAUUCUCAAUUAUUAUCAUUAUUCAAUAUUAUUGAAGAUUCAAACUUGUUUUUUUGUUAUAUUUCUAAAUUUUUUAACAUAUGUUAGCAUGUUCAUUUUGUCCCCCACCUUUUCCAUUCCAUAUAGAAAUAGAGACGACAGCAUUUCAAACUGACCAAUUCCAGUUUUCAUCCGGUGUUUACCAUUUUUUUUUUUUUUUGUUAAUUCCUAACACAUUUGGAACUUUAUCUCAAAAAUGUAUUUUGUUAUUUGUUAUUUUAUGGUUAUUCAUUAAAUUUUUUGAGUCAUUUGUUUUUCACAAAAAAAAAAAAAAAAAAUCUUUUAAAACAA